CCACCAUUAGCGUCGUCCAUGGCUGUUUUCUGCUGCCGUUAUUACCAUCUUCCGUUCUCAUAAUUCUCUUCGUAACCCGUGGUAACGGGGUAUGGGUAGCUUGCUAAGUGAGCUGUGCUCCUCGGAUAAUGAGUCUCCCCCGUGGCGCUCCCAAGAGGUGGUCCCUCAAUGAUACAUAUGGCUUCAUUGCGUCCUUCUGUGAAACCCAGGCCCAAGCCCGCGCAUCUAUCAACUACAGAGCAAGUCACGGCUUGCCGUCCUCAACCCGGCGUUUUCACCAACAGUCACCCGUAAGAUGCAGAUCAAAAGACCACGACGAGGAUGCGCCGAACGCGGCGCCCGUCGUUCCGAACAAAACCCAGCCAUCUCCCCGAGUUAUACGGCGUGGAUUCCACACGUAUUUUGUAACACAUCUCCCCUCCUCUUCCCUACACCCAGAUUCGCGUGCUCCGCCGGGCCCUCAUCAUCACCUGCCCAGGUCCGCCGCAGCCCCUCACAGCGGUGACACGGGUGCGGCGCCGGUUACCCCACCGCAUCUGCCCUCGACGCGUGAUCUUACCGUUGUUCGCAUUCCUCUUCGCAGCGCAAAACAUCACUUUGGUGCUACAGAGUCUCGAGGCUCGCGUCCAUAUAAUGAAGAUACCAACCAAGCCGGAACUAUUGACAUGCCGGCCUUUGCCAAGCGCACUCCUAUCAGUCUGGUCCAGAGCGCAAUGAAAAAAAGGGGAGAGGGUACUUCGGCUGAUAGUCCAUAUGGUGAUCCCCAGAUUUUCUACUUUGGAGUUUUUGACGGCCACGGCGGCACACAGUGUAGCGACUUCCUACGUGAAGAACUCCAUGGUUAUAUCGAGGAGGCUGCUGCUGAGUUUGGCCUGAAAAGUAGUUUGCGUAGGAAAGCUGGUAGCAAACCCACUUCUAGUUCGAAGCCGGGUAAAGCAAUCCCGUCCAUAACAGAGGUUGAGCAUAACGACCGAGGCGAAUUGGACAGCCUGGAGUUCAAAGGGCCAACGGAAGUCGAGCCGCACGCCAAUAUCCCUCAAGUAAACGAGCAUGGUGCAAUCAAUGAAGUACGGCAUUCGGAGGCCAUAAGCGGACACCCCCCAGCCCCUGCCAAAGUAUCUCUAGACCGAGCAUUGACAUUACAGAGGGAUCUUUUACACGAGUACAAGAGCACUAUAGGCGGGUAUUUCCGCCGCUUCAGCCCACCGCACUUUAAUGUUUCCCAAUAUUCAAACACUACGCCCGACGCGUCCAUUAGUGUUGAGGCUGUCCUUACCUACGCGUUCCUUCGUGCGGAUUUAGAUUUCGUAACGGCUCAGGCCCAGAAGCAGGACCCCGAUGACCCUUAUGUUUCCGAUGCGGCCGUUAACACCGACGAAAUCUUAGGAAAGCCACAUCAUAUGCCACCUUCCGGACACGGAAUUGGGGGGCGUAUGAGAUUCAAGGGUGGCUCGACUGCGUCCGUGGCAUUGAUAUCUACGCCGACUCCGGCGCCUUUUUGGCACCCCGCCGCAUCGUCUACCCUCCUCGUAGGACAUGUAGGCGAUACACGAAUCCUGCUUUGUGAGACGGCUACUGGUCUCGCCAAGCCUCUGACUUCGGAUCACCACCCCAGCUCGCCGGGCGAGUCCUAUCGUCUUCGACGUUUUGCGGCGUCGUUCAUAACAGACUCUUUCGGCGAGGAGCGCAUCCAAGGGCUUGCUAACUCUCGCGCCUUCGGAGAUAUCGCGUCAAAACGCCUGGGCGUGUCUGCUGAGCCUGAAAUAACGCGCAUAGAUCUAGGCCCGGCGCAGUACAGUUUCUUGGUCCUUAUGUCGGAUGGUGUGUCAGGCACGUUGAGCGAUCAAGAAAUAGUCGAUGUUGUGAAGGAAGCCAAGACGCCAGAGCAAGGAUCCAAGGACGUCGUGGCAUUCGCCACAGAGGUUAGCAAUAAUGGCGAUAAUGCGACGUGUCUUGUUGUGAGGCUUGGUGGGUGGGAGCGCCGUAGCGAGGGCGGCCUUGGCAGCCUCGGAACUAAGGAGAUGCGGGAUUACAGGCGGGAUGAGGCUCUCGAUCCCCGGCGGGGCAGACGGUAGAACUGCUACAUCACCGCCUUCUGCAAACUGGCUAUAUUGCCCAGUCCAUCACAGAAUUUCGGGCCGACAUACUUGACCGAGUCCGAGCUCGCCUGAAAAAAAUAUUUUCUAGCUAUUAUCCAGAUAUGUAUAUAUAAACCUCGGGCGCUGCGUAAUUACCGUCGCAAGCAUCUUUUGAGAGUCGUGAUACUUGAAGAUGUUUGCUGCCUAAACAAACACGACAUCUCUCGAGCUCCUAUUUAAUAGUGCGUUAUGGAAUAUUAUAAUACGUAUUUAGGGUGUCCGACAUUACCGCAGAUAAAAAAAAAGCAAGGAUUUAUUGUCGCGCCAGGGUGUAUGCGCAUGCUCAUAA